AUGUUAAUCUUAAGUACUGAUGAACAGAAGCAAAUUUUAGAAACUGCCACGGACUUUUUCAUCGAUGGUACAUUUAAAAUUGUGCCAGAAAUUUUUUUUCAACUUUUUGUAAUACAUGCUGUUUAUCGAGAUCAUGUAUUUCCUGUUGUAUUUUCACUUUUACCGAACAAGUGUGACUCAUGGUUUAAAACAACAAUAGAAACUGAUUUAACAUUUUCAGAUAAUAUUCAUAAAAUUCCCGCUUUAGCUUUUCUUGAACCUGAUUCUGUUAUUGAUGGUUUCGAAACAUUGUGCGCACGUUUAGAUGAUACUUACCAGGGCAUUCUCGAUUAUAUGGAAGAUACAUAUAUUGCAGAUUAUACAUCGACUAUAGGAGUGGAUUUUCAAAUCCGAACAAUUGAUAUUGAUUCAGAAUAUGUGAAACUUCAGAUAUGGGAUACGGCUGGUCAAGAUCGUUUCAAAUGUGUUGUUAGAAAUUUUUAUCGUGGAGCUCAUGGUGUAUUACUGUGCUUUGAUAUAACAGAUAGUGAAAGUUUUCGGAAUAUUGAAGAAUGGGCAAAUGAAAUACAACGAUAUUGUCCUCAAAAUAUCCCGAUUUAUUUGAUUGGAACAAAAUCGGAUUUAAAGACAGAACGAGCAGUUUCUUAUGAACAGGCAAAAGAAUGUGCUGACAAAAGAGGCAUUCAAUAUAUUGAGACAAGUUCAAAAACAAACUAUAAUGUGCAAAAGACGUUUGUUAAUUUUGCCAAAACACUAAUUGAACAUUCAGAUAAACUGCUAACAAUCGAUGAUUCAAAAGAAACAUUAAAGUCCAAUCUAAAGAACGCUCGUAAAGUAAAUGCAGUCAAAUCGUCAUCAUGUACCGGUGAAAAUUCAUGUUCAUUACUGUAA